AUGAAAACAGUAGCGACAGCAGCUGCCGUGGCGCUGCUAGUGGCGCUGGCGUCGUUGCCGACGGACGCGCAGAGGCUGCCGGGAGAGAGUUUGCCUCGCUCCUACAAGGUCACGUUCGCGCCGAACCUCAACGAGGGGGAACAACCGUUCAGAUUUUACGGCUCUACCUUCAUAGAGGUGGAAGUUUUGCGCGACACGACAACACUCACGAUGCACGCAGACGUCGACAUAGUCACUGUGUCCGUCAUGUUGACCAAUGGUACCCUCAUCGGCGCCAGUCACGAACCGCUGCAGGACGGCAGCAACUUCCUCGUCAUCACCCUCCAAGAGCAGGUUUUUGCCGGUGACCGAUUGACUGUGGUCCUCGAAUUCGUUGGCGAUGUUCGUGAGCUGUACAGCGGCUUCUACCGCAGCUCGUACGAGCAAGAUGGAGAGACCAGUGACGACGAAGAUGGAAGACGCACCCUGACCUUCGAGCAGACGCCGAUGAUGAGCGCCUUCCUGCUAGCUUGGGUCGUAUCCGACUUCGUAGGCGUGCAGUCGCCGCUGGAAUCCAACACGACUGUCUGGACGACCAGGGACACGGCGGCACAGGCAGAGUACGCCAGUGUGAUGGGGCCACGCACCGUCCGCUCCAUGGAGCAGCUGGUCCGUGUUCCGUACAACCACGGCAACCUCACCAAGAUGGACCACGUCGGCGUGCCGGACACAUUCGUUGCCGCCAUGGAGAACUGGGGGCUGAUCACUUACAAUCAGCAGUUCCUGCUGGCCCUGGAGAACUACACCUCUGAGGCGACUAAGGAACGGGUGCUGACCGCCAUCCAGCACGAGGUGGCUCAUCAGUGGUUCGGCGACCUGGUCAGCCCGAACUGGUGGUCCGUGCUUUGGCUUAGUGAAGGUUUAGCCACGUUCUUCGAAAGCUUUGCUUCUGCAGUCUUGGAGCCCACGUGGCGAAUCGAUGAAGCGUUCGUGGUUUCAACCUUGCUUAGGCAAGCGAUUGCCUACGAUGAAGAUCCUUCAGCAGCACCCAUCACCAGCGAGGAUGCUGGCAUCAACAUCUAUUAUAAAGUUGUCACGAGAUGCAUAAACGUCACUACUGCUCACAGCCAGUUCAGCAACGCCACGGAUGACAUCCUGUUCGCGGCGAUGGACGCGGUGGCGUCCUCGUCGGAUCUGCCUUCCGACGCGACUGUGUCAUCAGUGAUGCUGCCCUGGGCGCGGCAGGCCGGCUUCCCCCUCAUCACCGUCACCAGGAACUACUCGGACGGCUCCGCUGUCGUCACGCAGAACCGUUGGCUGGUGCCAGCUGAUCCUAGCGAUGAGACGACGUGGACUGUGCCCGUGACGUACACGUGCAGGUCGGAGGCCGCCUUCUCACCCGACACGAGGCUGUGGCUGACAGACACCGAGGCGCGGCUGGACAACGUGGCCGGCGCCGCAGCGGACGACUGGGUCAUCUUCAACCUCAACGUCGUAACACACGCGCCAUAUUCCCACCUGCUUCCCCUCGACACGCUUCUCAACCUGACGUCCUACCUAGCGCAGGAGCUGGACUACAUACCUUGGCUCGAAGCUGAAACCGUGCUCAGAUAUCUGUCGUCGAUUAUAGAUUCUGGUGAAUUCGACACCUUGGUGCAGGAGCUGGUUGAGAGCGUGACGAGCACUUUGGGCUAUGUGGCACAGCCUGGUGAUUCUCACGUCACGCGCGUCCUUCGAGGAAUCGUAUCAUCCCUCGCCUGCUCUGCAAAUCAGCCUGCGUGUACCGAGGCAGCCUACAGCCAGUUCCAGCGCUACAUGGCCAAUCCGGAUGAUCCGGCCAACUGGGUUGACCCGGACAUGAAAAGUGUUGUGUACUGUGAAGGUGUGCGUCAAGGUGGUGAUGAGGCAUACAACUUCCUGCAGGAGCAGUACCAAAACACCAAUGUCAUCUCUGAGAUGAAUGAAAUUUCAAGUGCACUCUCAUGCCAAUCUAAUAGUACAUCUAUCAGACACUUGCUGCAGAUGACUGUGGCUGGCACUCAGGGUGGCAUCCAUCAGAAACAUCUACCUAUACUGUUGGAGGGAGCACUAAGAAAGCAUCGUGGAGAAGCUGUUGCCACUGCAAUUGAAUUCCUGGUUGAGAACCCAAAGGUUCUGCUUUCCCGAUACAUUGACAAGAAGGCAAUCAGGAAGCUGCUCACGGACAUCAUCCGUACAACUUGUGACCAACACCUACUUGAUAAAGCAAGCUUGCUGGCAACCUCAAUGGGGAACCAAAGAUUGGCAUCAGCAGCAUCAUCAAGGCAUACUAGCUUAGUGCAUUGUCAUACCUUGCGUCAUGCUGCCUCUCAUUGGUUACAGCAUUGGAUACAACAGCGACAGCAUAAUUCUAUUUGAAGAAUGUGACAUACACCUUGCUAUACAAAUCUUAAAUGAUGUACAGUAUAAAAGGAGCUGAGUGCUUCAUGUCUCCAACUGAAUUUUUUUCAUUGUUAGCUAUUCUCAAGAUCCUUUUACCAUUUCCCAAGUUGCCUGCUGUCACAUAGCGCAUUAUUCGCUGCACAGGAGGGACUUCAUAUUUCAGUGGGAAUACUCCAUUCCAACAAAAACAGACUGUAUGUUUACGCUGUAUCUUUAUAAUGUCCCUAAUCUUAAUGCAAAAAUUAUUUUCAGGUUAAGACAUAGCUGCAGAUUCUUGUCUAUUCCUUUCAACAGAGAUAUUGAACUUCACACAGAAGUGUGCAUGCCCCACAAGAAUUUUCAAUUUAAAUUUCGCAUAAUCAUUCAGAUACAUUUUAAAGUUAAGACACAGCUGCAGAUUCUUGUUUAUUCCUUUAACCAGAGAUUAUCAGCUUCACUGGCUAAAAUCCAGUCCCACACACUGUUCCUAAAAUGCUGCCUAAACUAUGAAAUCCCUCCCUCCCCCAAAUGGCCUACCAUAAAAAUACUUUUCUGUAUGCAUUCCACCCAUCCAUUCACAAUGACCUUCAUAUUUUAAAAUUCCACCAGUCUCAAUCACUCACAAACCUGAUACUGCAAAAACACAUCUCCAUGGCACAGGCUUCCCAGAAUCACCUCUACUCCCUCCACAAGAUACUGGUACAGUGCAAUACUCAGUACAUACAUACCGCCUCUGAAAUUAAUACCCUUGCACUC